AUGCCAAAGUUAACUGUAUUUCAUAACCCCAAUUGCACCAAAUCCAAGCGCAGUGUCGCAUGUUUGAAGGACAAUAAGCAUGAUUCCAACUAUGAUUUGGAUGUCAUUGAAUACCAUAUCAGCCCUCCUUCUACCGAGACGCUCCAAGUCUUGUCAGAGUAUCUCGGAUUAACCAAAAAAGAAGCCUCUACUAAACCCUGGAACUACUUGCUCCGCCCUGAAGCUCAAGACAAGGCCAACUCGUUUGAAGAAGCUUAUGAGAUCAUUCAAGCCGACCCUAGCCUUCUCGAAAGGCCUUUUGUCAUUGACUGGGAUCGCAAAUUAGCUGUUCUUGGUCGUCCUGAUAUUUCUACUGUCGAGAGACUAGUUGCUGAGCGUUUAGAACUUGCUAAAGAGCAAUCAUAA